GGCGCAUUGAGCGUCAGAUAGGAUUUACCCGAAGCGGCAGCUAGCGCAUCGGGCAGACCGACAGACGAACCCUAGCGUUAGCGAGCAACACGGCGGCGCGCUCACCACCGGGAGCUCAACGGCUCGCUGCUUCGCCAGUUCGCCACGCCUCCGGCGCCGCUUCGCCGUCCGGCGCUCAACCUCGCUACAUCGCCACGCCUCCGGUGCCGUUCCACCGUCAAGCGAGCGGCCUGCUCAGCUACUCGCCCGUCCGACGCCGUACCCACCGGCCCUCGCAGGUUGCAGCUUCCUACUUCCCGGCGUUCUCCGUCCCCGCCCAAGCACAACCUGGUAAAGCUUCAGAUUUGAAGGAACUUACAAUGCUGCUGAGUACUGUAAAGGUGCUUGGGCUGUGCUAAUUAGUACUAAGCUGCCAUCUUGUGAAGUUGGCAACUGGUAUUGUGGCAAUGCUCGUGCCCCAUGGCUAUGGGAGGUUGUGACAUACUGACACUGUUUUCUUUUGUUCUGUCUGUGAUUCCCGUUAUCUGAACACUCAUGGUGAGACAUAUUAUGUUACGUUCUGUAGCAUAAUAUGGAAUGCUAUACUGCUAGUGCUACGGUCCAAAGAUGACUUGUCCUUGACAUCAUAAGUUGUGUUGCCUAGCGGUAGGGUGCAAUUACAAGAAGCUUCAUUCUGUCUAUCAAGUGGAUUUUGAGUGCUCGUGACUGGCGUAUACCUGUAUGUAGAACAAAAUGUCCAGCAACAGCGGCGGUGGUACAAAGGAGAAGGGUCCCCGAAUUGCUACUCCGCUUGUGCCACCUCCCUUAGUCCAGAAUUCUAUGCCUACUGCUUCAGAUGGCCCCACCACUGAUCUGAGAUUAGCACAACAGUCCUGGCCUGGACAUGUAGUCCUGCGUCCAUGCACAUCUUGGCCUCCUCAUGUGAAUCCUGCGUAUCCACAACAAAAUGGGGAAGCAGUGGCGGAUGUGGUGGCAGCCGAUGUUCUUCCUGUGAUUAAUAGCUGCAAUGAGAAGAUGUUGCCGGAAGUAAAUAUGGUAUUUGAUGACGAGAAUGAUGCUUAUGAGUUCUACAAUAUUUAUGCGGAGAAGGUGGGCUUCUUUGUUCGGAGAUCAACACUCUGGACAACAUCGAAAAACAUCAUCACUAGGAGGACAUUUGUUUGCUCAAGAGAAGGUUUUCGGGAGAAGAAGAAGGGUGCCAAGGAAUCAAAGUGCCCACGGCCUGAAACAAGAAUUGGUUGCCCAGCAAGCAUGACCAUUAGGCUUACUCCCAAUGGCAAGUACCGUUUGACAGAAUUUGUACCAAACCAUAACCAUCAGUUGGCAACAGCUUCUACGAUUCAUAUGUUGAAAGCAAAGAAAAUUAGGCGUAAAGCACGGGCUGUGAGAGAAAAUCUGGUGGAUGAUACUGUUGUAACGCCAGAGUUUGAAAAUGAAGAUGAGGCAUAUGAAUUUUACAGCAUGUAUGCAGGGAAAAUUGGAUUUAACGUGAGAAGGGCAAGCAUGACAGUAAAUGCUGAAAAUGUUAUCACUAGAAGGAUGUUUGUUUGUUCAAAAGAAGGGUUCCGUGAGAAGAAAAGAGGAGCAAAUAGAGUAAAGAAGCCUCGUCCGGAGACACGAACUGGUUGCCCAGCGUGUAUGGUCAUCAGACUUGCAUCUAACGGCAAGUAUAAUGUCACUGAGUUUGUCACCUUCCACAAUCACGGUCUUGGCGCUGCAGCAGCUUCUGAUCUUGUGAUGACAUCACUAGCGGCUGGAAGUUAUCAAGAUUGUGGAGUAGAUUUGUAUGAUGAAUCACUAGACGAUUGUUACGGCAAGCAAAAUCUUAUCAAGGAUGAUGCCACUUCAAACAGUCUAGAAGGUAGAAGUUGGAAAAGGUACAAGUGUAAAGUUCCUCACUAUGGUGAUGUAGGUGCCACUCUGGAGUACCUACAAAAGAUGCAACAUGACAACCCUUCAUUCUUCUAUGCAGUAAAAUCUGAUGAAGAUGGGUACUUGACUAAUUUUCUUUGGGCAGAUUCCAAGUCCAUCAUGGAUUUUACCCACUUUGGUGAUGUAGUAUGCCUUGAUUCAGGAUAUGCAGUGCAAGGCUAUGGUAGGCCGAUUGCUUUGUUUACAGGUCUGAAUCAUCAUAGGCAAACUGUCAUCUUUGGUACUGCAUUACUUUAUGAUGAGAGCUUUGAAGCUUUCAGAUGGCUAUUUGAUACUUUUAAGAUGGCAAUGAAUAGUACCCAUCCCAAGACAUUGUUAACUGAUAGAUCGGCUGUGAUAAGUGAAGCUGUUGCAGUAAGUUGGCCUGAGACGGCACAUCGUUUUUGUGUUUGGCAAAUUUACCAAAAUGCUCUUCAACAGUUAAGUCAAGCAUUCCAUGGGUCAAGAACUUUAGAAUACAACUUCAAGAGAUGCCUAUUUGAUUGUGAAGAUGAGGCUGAGUUUUUGAUGGCAUGGAGAGAAAUGUUGGAAAAUCAUGACCUAAAAGAUAAUCAAUGGCUAGCAGAUCUUCUUGCUGUUAAGGAGAAAUGGGCAUUACCAUAUGGUCGUGAGGCAUUUUACGCUGAUAUGAAAAGCGUCCAACAGAAGGACAACUUGAGUAGUGAGCUUAAAAUAUAUUUAUCCCUAGAAUUCGACCUUUUGAGUUUCUUUGUGCAGUUUGAAAAAUUAUUAUGUGAUCGUCGGUCUGCAGAACUGCAACUUGAUGUGAGUGCCAAUCAAAGCACAAAGAAGCCACCUCCGAUGCGAAUAUUAAGGCAAGCUGCAAAUGUGUAUACACCUGCUGCCUAUAGAAUGUUUGAAAGAGAGUUUGAAUUGUACAUGGAUUGCAUGCUAUAUAACUGUGGCGAGAUGGGCACAAUCUGUGAGUAUAGGAUAACUGGCGAGGACAAUCCAAAAGAUCAUUUUGUUAAGUAUGAUUCGCUCAAUUCCAUGUCACAUUGUAGUUGCAAGAGGUUUGAGUUUGUAGGCAUUCCAUGUCGCCAUAUGCUGAAGGUACUUGACACUAGGAAUAUCAAGGACAUUCCUCCUCAGUACAUCUUGAAAAGGUGGAGGAAAGAUGCCAGAUCAGGAUCUUCAAAUGGUGGUUACGCGUACUCUUUUGAUGGUGAUCCUCAGACAAAGCGUCACACUUUAUUGUGUCGAAUAUUCAGUAUAGCAGCGGCUAGAGCUGCAACCUCUGCCGAAUCAUUUGCGUACAUGGAAAGCCAAUCGAGCAUACUUAUGGGUCAAGUGGAACAAUUUCUUGAAAACAGCCCCCCUGACAUAGCUGCUAUUACUGGUGCUAAUUGUGACCGUACUCAAAUUCCAGUUGAAAGUAUGAUCACAGACGGUCUGCACAAUCAUGCUAACUUUAUCGAUGGCUCUGCUGAUGAUUCUCUAACCUUUCCCUUCACAAUGGGUGCUGGUACGUUGGAUUACCGCUAGACAGGUGCUGGAUGAUGGUAUAUCUGGCUGCCAUACCAAUUUGGUGGUGCGUAGAAAUAACUAAUGAGCUGGGAAUAAUGAUGAUGGGCUUAUCGGCUGUGCAGAUCAUUUUUGAAUAGAUUUUUUUAAGGCUGCUGGAAUCUUCCAGUCCAUUUCAUAGCUUACGACUUGUCCAGUUCCACCUACCGCUUGCCCCAUGGCGCCUCAGACCGAUUACAUAUCAAGGUCGACUGUUCGACCACCAAGCGGCAAUGACUUACCAGUAGAUGAUGAUGAAAAGGGUGAUGCGUUUUGUGUGUGUGUUGUGCCUGUGUUGAUGGUGCAUGCGGCGCCUGUAGAUGUACUAGUAUGGAGGAAUGAAUGUUCAUGUCAUCUCUACACCUAUGUGAUAUAUUCUGUUUACACUUGUCAAGUUCACUGGCUGUCCAUAUAAUUUUGGCGAAUAUGAAUUAAAUAAAUACAAACAAGGCAAUCGCAAAUUUUCA